UCCAAAUUUCUCCAUUAAAGCAAACAAAGCCAUACAGUGUUUCUCACUAAUUUUCAAUUACUUUUCUCCGUUUGAUAAUACCGAUUAUCUGAAGAACUCCGGAGUUUUUUUCCGGCGGUGAAGUGGUUACUUUUUCCUUUUGUUUCUCGUGAAGAUCUCUCAACUUCCGAUACUUUCAAGGAUAAUGGCUCUCUCUCAAAAUCAGGAGUUGGAGUAUAUGGUGGAUGAGUACUAUGACACUACUGAUUUUGAUGACAGCACUUUUGGGGAUGAUGAAUCGCCACGAAGUACUGACCCUGAUGUCUCUGCAGACUCUGAUUUUGAGGACGAUUUUGAAGUGAGAAAGUCAAAGCUGGAUACAUCAGCUAUAGAAGCUAGAAAUGGCAAGGAUAUACAGGGAAUACCUUGGGAAAGGCUUAAUUUUACCAGAGACAAGUACCGCGAGACGAGGUUGAAGCAGUAUAAGAAUUACGAGAGCCUGUCUCGCUCUCGUGAAGAUCUUGAAAAGGAGUGCAAGGAAGUAGGAAAAGGACACAGCUUCUACGACUUCCAGUUCAAUACAAGGCUCGUCAAAUCAACUAUUGUGCACUUUCAGUUGAGGAAUCUCUUGUGGUCGACAUCAAAACAUGAUGUGUAUCUCAUGCAAAACUACUCUGUGAUACACUGGUCCUCACUUCUCGGAAAGGGGGAAGAAGUGCUUAAUGUUGCUAGGCCAUUGGCGCCCACUAUGAAAUACCCUGGAUCAGCGUCUCAAACACUUUCCCGAGUGCAGAUCAGCACUAUGGCUGUUAGAGAUGGUUUGAUGGCUGCUGGGGGUUUCCAAGGGGAGCUUAUCUGUAAGUAUUUAAACCAACCUGGAGUUGUAUUUGCUACAAAAAUAAGUAACGGAGAGAAUGCUAUCACUAAUGCUGUGGAUAUUAGUUAUAGUCCAACUGGCUCGAUGAGGGUAAUCACUGCUAAUAAUGAUCAGCAAGUCAGGAUUUUUGAUGCAAAAAGCUUCGUUUGCACCAAUCAUUAUGCAUUUCCUUGGUCUGUUAACAACACCUCUGUUAGCCCCGAUGAUAAAUUACUUGCUAUCCUUGGUGAUAGUCCAGAAUGUCUACUUGCUGAUGCUCAAAGUGGAAAGGUUGUCAGCAACCUAAAAGGUCACCUAGACUAUUCAUUUUCAUCAGCUUGGCAUCCGGACGGAAGAAUUUUGGCAACUGGUAACCAAGACACAACUUGCAGAUUAUGGGAUAUAAGGAACACGUCGCAGUCCAUAGCAGUGCUCAAAGGAAGGAUGGGAGCCAUCCGUGCAAUCAAGUUCACAUCAGAUGGGCGCUUCAUGGCCAUGGCGGAGCCAGCUGAUUUUGUCCACAUAUUCGAUACGCAAUCUGAUUAUGGUACCUGUCAAGAGAUUGAUUUGUUUGGUGAGAUUGCUGGGAUAUCCUUCAGUCCUGAUACUGAAGCUCUCUUUAUUGGAGUGGCAGACCGAACCUAUGGUAGCUUGCUGGAGUUCAACCGUAAACAUUACCACCACUACCUUGAUUAUGUUUUGUAGUGAAAGGCAACUUGCCUGUGUCGGUUUUAAUAUGGGCAUCUGCUUGUUUGGUAUAUAGUUUGUGUAUAUUAAUGCGAUCGUCAAAGAGCUGCGUAGCUGUUUCUGCCGAAGUAUAUUAUAUUAGGCUGCAACUAUAGGAGUAUGUAUAUCAGAACGAAUUAUGUGGCCAAAAAAUAUUUGUUAAUGGCCAGUUUUAUCACAAUUCAAUGUGUUUUGCUUCAUCUCUUUUGUUUUAAUCCGAUCAGAAA